AUGAAGGCCUCCUUGAGAAUAUUACAACGUGUACCAUCAAUCAAGUUUGUGGGUGGUCCUCAUCCGAUUGUAUCCCAUCCAGUUGGAGCACACCCAUGCGCACCAAAUGGAAUGAGACCUAGUGCAAAUGCUUCUCCAGUUGCAAGUGCCUCCGCAGCUUCCAAUGUUGCUUUCCAAUCAAGAAACAACUUGUCUAAAAGAUUCAGAUACAGACCAAUCGAAGAGAUUGAGAUCGAAGAUGUUGAACUAGGUGGUGCAUUAAUCAAUUGA